UAUAUGAAUCUAAUUCCAUUAUUACACUAAACCCCAUACAUCUUCCUCUCCUUCUCUCUCUCUUUCUCCAUCUUUCUUACACACAUAGUGUGUGUAUUCAUGUUCAUGCAGGUUUAGAGAAGGGUAGAAUUGGAAUAAAAAUGAUGUAUACCCUUCUUCUACUUCAUAUUUUGGCUUUGUUCGGAGCUGUUUUGGGGGAUGUAGGGCUCGUGAGUCCAUCUCAAUUGGAAAUGUUUGUGGAUGAAAUUCCAGAUAUGCCCAGAAUCAAAGGCUACGAUAUUCUUCACGGUGUUCCUGUUUCCAAGACUCUCAAAAUCUCCAUGUUUCAAAAGUAUUGGAAAUUUCACAAGGAUCUCCCGCUAACCAAAGUGUUCGCAUUCGGUGAAACGAAGCGCACAGCAACAGUCCCUGGUCCAACAAUCGAAACCGUCCACGGUGUCAGCACCCACGUGACGUGGCAAAAUCUCCUCCCUUCAAAACACAUACUCCCAUGGGACCCCACCAUCCCAACGGCUAUCCCUCGUACAAACUCCGGCGUUCCGACGGUGGUUCACCUCCACGGCGGAAUCGACGAACCAGAAAGCGACGGAAACUCAAAAUCAUGGUUCACAGCUCGAUUUAAAGAACGAGGGCCCACGUGGACUAAAAAGACUUAUCACUACCAUAACCAACAACAACCCGGAAACUUGUAUUACCACGAUCACGCCAUGGGGUUGACCAGAGUCAACCUUCUUGCAGGGUUGUUCGGAGCAUACAUCAUCCGUCAUCACGACGUUGAAUCCCCACUCGGUUUACCCUCCGGCGAUGAAUUUGAUCGGCCGUUGGUUGUUUUCGACCGGAGCUUUCGAACUAACGGAUCGCUUUACAUGGAUCCGACCGGAAACAACCCAAGUAUACACCCGCAAUGGCAGCCGGAGUAUUUCGGCGAUGCCAUUGUUGUCAACGGAAAAGCAUGGCCCUAUAUGAAUGUUCGCCGGAGAAAAUACCGGUUUCGUAUCAUCAACGCUAGUAACGCUAGGUUUUUUAAGUUCUUUUUCAGCAACGGUCUAAAAUUCAUCCACGUAGGAUCUGACUCGGUCUAUAGCGAACAAUCAGUAUUCACAAAAGAGAUACUCUUGGGCCCAUCUGAGAUAGCUGACGUGGUUGUUGACUUUUCAGACUCAAAAUCAAAUUCGGUUAUUUUACAAAACGGGGCGGCUUACCCAUACCCGGGUGGAGACCCGGUCAAUGAGUCCAACGGAAAAGUCAUGAAAUUCAUCAUCAAUAGUAAACGUGAGUUUGAUUCAUCGAGGGUUCCUAAAAAUCUACUAAAAUAUCCGAUGCCAGAUUUAUCAACAGUGUCAAAAACACGUUACAUUGCUAUGUAUGAGUACACAAGUGCAAUUGAUGAGCCAACUCAUUUGUAUAUAAAUGCGAUGUCGUAUGAUGAUCGAGUAACUGAGAAACCUAAGGUGGGAAGCACAGAAAUUUGGAAUGUGAUCAAUCUAACGGAGGAUAAUCACCCGUUGCAUAUCCAUCUUGGAUUGUUCAAAGUGUUGGAUCAGACAAAUAUAACCGAUAUAGAAAAGUUUAGAGAAUGUAUGACAAAAUUAAACAAUGCUGAAAAAUGCCAAAUUGAAAAAUACGCGAGUGGGGAACAACUGAGUGUUGUGCCUUACGAGAAAGGAUGGAAGAAUGUGUAUAAGAUGCAACCUGGAUACGUCACUAAGAUCGUUGUCAAGUUUGCUUAUGUGCAUACAAAUGCUUCGUAUCCUUUUGAUGCAACUGCAGAGCCGGGCUACGUUUAUCAUUGCCAUAUAUUGGAUCAUGAAGAUAAUGUAAUGAUGAGGCCUUUGAAAUUGGUCAAGUAAUUGGAAAUAGUCUUGGACUUGUACCAUUAUCAUGUUUGGAGUUUAGAUAAAUGGGGGGUGACAUGAGAAACACAAUAAGCGAUAUAUGAUGUUCAUAAUUAAUGGUAGUUGUCUUUACUUGUUUACCCUUAAAAUUGAAAGUUGAUGAAUAUGUCAGAUUUUUGGACAUUUUCAAAUAUUGGGAUAU